UCCACUCCAUGCGAGUCCACCUUUUUAAUUCUUUCACCAACCGACUCUCUUUGGGUGCCAAAUCUGCCUUCUCCAGACAUUCAAGGAUACCUAAAACAGUAAACAAGGGAUUUUCUUUUUUAAAUAGGCACAGCUUUGUUUUACAUGUGCUUUAUUUUUAAGGAGAAAGGUUUACCCCCAGCUUUUAAUGGACUUACUGGAGACAUAACAGCAUGUCUGUGACAAUUAUCUUUUAGAGGUUGAGGAUAAAAAAGAACAUUGCUAAAGGAAGAAUUAGACUGCCAAAACAGCAUGGCUUUUCAUCACUUAUGGGCUGUGAUACUGUCAUGUUUGUGUGUGCAAUGGAAGGCAUUUGCUCAAGUAGAGGUCUGUAACACAGCAGUUAUGGCUGACAUUGUGUUCCUAGUAGAUGAAUCUUGGAGUGUUGGAGAUGCCAAUUUCCAGAUUAUUAAAGAUUUCAUUAAUGGCAUUAUUGGGUCAUUUAAGAAAAUUCCUUUGGGAAAAGAAGGGAUGCGUUUUGGUGUAACCGUCUACAGUGACAAACCAAGGAUGAAAAUUGCUUUGACAGAUUAUGUCACAAUUGAAGAAGUACUUGUAGCAGUGCGUGAUCUUCCCUAUGAAGGUGGAAACACAAAAACUGGAGAAGCUCUGAAAUAUCUCAUGGAGUCUGUUUUCAGUUUUUCAGUAAUUAGAGAUGAUGCUCCAAAGAUAGCAAUUUUAAUAACAGAUGGAAAGUCAGCAGAUUCAGUGGAGGAUCCUGCAAUGAAGCUGCAAAACAAUGGGAUCACAGCAUUUGCAGUUGGAAUUAAAAAUGCAGAUAAAAAAGAAUUGAAGAAAAUAGUUUCUGACCCUUAUGAAGAACAUAUGCUCUAUGCAGAAGACUUCAAUCAUCUCAGCACUCUCUUACCCAAAGUCACUAGAAGAGUCUGCUUCACAGCUUCUGAGCCUCCAAGACCAGUGAAACAAAUCAGUGAGAAAGAUAAAAUAAUUGGUCCUAAAGACUUGGUUGUUAGUGAACUGAGUUACAGCUCUUUGAGACUGACGUGGACUCCAGCUACUGGUGAUGUAGCUGAAUACCAGUUGGUAAUUAAUACUUUGUCCCCUUCUGGAGCCCUGGCUUCAGAGGAGCAAAAGCAGAUCGUCUUGAAAGGAAAUGACAGAACCACUCUGGUGACUGACUUAAUGCCCAACACUGAAUAUUUAUUCACCAUCUUUGCUGUGUAUGCUGAUACCAUUGGGGAUUCAACAUCUGUCAAAGCAAAAACAACUCUUGUGCCUCAAGUUACUAAUUUUCGAGUGAUUGAGGAGGGACUUUUCACUCUCAGACUGGCAUGGACUCCACCAUUAGGAAAGCUGGAAGGCUAUAAAAUUUACAUACCUCGAUCUAAUAGGCCAGGAUUAAAGUAUGAACAGAUUCUGAGUGGAGACAUGUCUUCACAUUUGAUUGACAGUCUGGAAGAGGAUAAAGAGUAUUCUAUAAGUAUCUAUGCAGUUUAUCCACAAGGGCCAAGCGAACCUGUUUCUACUUCUGGCAGAACAUUGAAGCUGAUCCCUGUGCAAAACCUGAUCCUUCAAAAUGCGACUACAGAUACCAUCCAAGUCAGGUGGACACCAGUAAGGGGAGCCUCCGGGUACCGUUUAACCUGGUCCUCAUCAGAGGGCUACAUAGAGAAUGUUAACCUUGGGGAAUCCUAUCAGUUCUACAUGAUUCAGGGACUACAUCCUGGCUCAGACUACACUGUCACCAUUAAUCCAAUUUUUGGGGACAUCGAGGGACCUGUAACAACUGGAGUAGCUCGAACAUUGGCAAGCAGUGCUGUGCAGAGUUUAAAGGUUACUGGUGUCAGCACUAAUAGUGCCAUGAUAUCUUGGAAUUCAGUGCCAGGUGCAACUGGAUAUAGGCUGGCAUGGGGGCCAACAGCAGAGUUUGUUGGUAAAGAUCGCCCACGACAGCUAGCUCUCAAUAGCUCCACCACAAACUAUCACCUGCGCAAUCUUGUUUAUGACACUGAGUAUGUCCUUUCCUUGUAUGUGUUGUUUGGAUCUAUUGUUGGACCUGGAAUCACAGCAACAGUUAGAACAUCUCCUCUUGGAUACGUCUCCAACUUCAAGAUUACGUCUUAUACAAGCACUUCAAUUGAUGUAGCAUGGAGUGCUAUUGUUGGAGCAACUGAAUAUAAAAUAUCUUGGCAUCCAUCAACAGAUGACAAAACAAUUGAGAGCCAGUACUUAGACAACAGUGUUCUGAACUACCACAUUGAUGGUUUGCGCCCUGAGACCGACUAUACUGUCAGCAUUCAUGCAGUAUAUGGCAAUUCAGAAGGACCACCAAUAAUGCUUUCACAAUAUACAGCUUCAACAAAAGAUAUAGAAACAAUUCAAAGUGUGAAGGAUUUAAAGGUCAUUGACAUUGGAGUGGACAGCUUCAAACUUUCUUGGAAGAAAACAGCUGGAGUUUCUGGAUAUAGAAUUACUUGGGCCCCAUUCCAUGGAGGUACAAAGAAAAGUUCUCUUGUGUCCAGUGAUUCAACUUUCUUUACAAUAUCGGACCUCCAUGAAAGUUCUGCUUACACUAUUCAAGUAUCUUCUGUGGCAAGAGGUCGUGAGUCAAGUCCAGUUCUUUUAAAUGCCAGAACAUUGGAUUUGCCAAAAGUGAAUAAGUUUCAUGUUUUAGAAACGACAGACAGCACUGUUCUUUUAAACUGGACAAGAGUUGCUACUGCAUCUGGAUAUUUGUUAACCUGGAGACAUAUUUCAGUAUCUGAGUCUUCAACAGAGGUUUUGGGAUCAACAGUUACUUCCUUCAGGGUUGAAAAUCUUUUGUUUGGUAGAACAUAUAUAUUUACAAUUCGUCCACUGUAUGGAGAAACUGAAGGUCCUGCUACAAUAAUAAGUGAACGAAUAUUAGGAACAAAUAAGAUCACUGGAGAAGAAACUGUUUUAUCCACCAAAGCAACUCCUCCUCCUCCAUCAGUAAUAAUGCCAUCUCUUCAUGCAAGCUUAGUAACACGUGCUGCUGUAGCAACUGUCAAGCGAAAAGUCCCUACUACUAUUGAAGCAACAAGCAUAUUAAAAUCAACUACAAUGAGACCUACUAGUACAACCACAACAUCAGUGCCAUCAACACCAGAACCAUUCUGUGGGAAGGUGAAAGCUGACAUUAUUUUCCUGGUGGAUGAGUCCUCAAGCAUUGGCUCUAACAAUUUUGACAAAUUAAAGAGCUUCCUCUUUAGAGUGGUGACAUAUUUUCCAAAAAUUGGAUCAGAAGGAACACAGAUUGCUGUGGUUCAUUACAGUGAUGAACCUCGCACCGAAUUUCCCUUAAACCAGUACCAUGACAGAAACUCAAUACUGAGAGCCAUUAGAGGAGUGAAGUAUGGUGGAGGAAAUACAAAAACAGGUCGUGGAAUUGGUUACAUACUGAAAGAGAGCUUUCAGCCCUCUGCUGGAAUGAGAGAGAAUGUACCUCAUAUGCUGGUGUUGAUCACUGAUGGUAAAGCCCAAGAUGAUGUAUCACCACCAGCCCGUGUAGCUCAUGCCUUGGGUAUUCAUGUCCUGGCAGUGGGAGUUGCCAAUGCAGACAUUGAGGAACUGAGAAAGAUUGUAUUCCCUGGAAAUCAUCAAAAUAUUUUCUAUGCUAGCACUUUUGAUGACUUCCCAUCUAUUGAAAGAGAAUUUAUUGAAACCAUGUGUAAAGAAGUUUCACAAAAGAGUGACAUAAGACAGAAACAACAGGUUUCUGAAGUCGAUGUAAACAAGCCUCAGCAAACGUUUGAACUACAAGGAGACCUUUCAUCAAAAGGAUCUGAUGUAAUAAACAAGCCAGAAGGACCUUGUGCCUCUCAAUGCAUAAAGGGUCAGAAAGGAGAAAAGGGUGACAGUGUGGGAGGACUGGGACUGAAAACAGGUGGAGGCUAUGAUCCUUUCAAUUUCAAUUCUAAAGGAGAAAAGGGAGAAAGGGGACUCCCUGGAACAGAUGGAAUUCCUGGACUUCCUGGACGACCGGGCCGCACAGGACCUCCUGGAUCCCCUGGACUUUUGGGCCCUCCAGGUGUUCAAGGAAAUCAAGGACCACCUGGACACUCGGGACUAAAAGGUCAAAAAGGAGAAAGAGGUGAGCCUGGAUAUGUGAUAGGGAGUGGAGAAGUUAUUCCAGGCCGAAAAGGUGAACCUGGACAACAUGGAUCACCAGGUGAACCAGGUAUUCCAGGAGUAGCCGGACCACCAGGUUUACCAGGUCAACCUGGGCCUCAGGGACCACCAGGGAUAUCUGUGAAGGGAGAGCCAGGAGAUGCAGGGGUUAAAGGCCAGCGUGGAAAAAUGGGUCCAAAAGGUGAUAAAGGAGACAUGGGUGACACGGGUAAACCAGGAUUGCCUGGACCAAUAGGAAUUGAUGGAGUGCCAGGAGUCAUGGGACCUAAAGGCGAGAAGGGCAAUCCUGGCAUAGGAAUUGAAGGUGCACAAGGUCCAAAAGGAGAGCAAGGAAUUAAGGGAGAUAUGGGUUUUCAAGGUCCGGUUGGUUCAAAGGCAAAGAUUGGCCCACAAGGAAAUCUAGGACCUAUUGGUCAGAGGGGCAAAAAGGGGUUUAAAGGAGACAAAGGAGAUAAGGGUGAUCGUGGAGAAGUUGGAUUAAAAGGAGAUCAAGGAAGUGUGGGGCUCCCAGGUCCAUUAGGAUCAAAAGGAGAUCAAGGUGAUCGUGGUGUUCCAGGAGACCCAGCAGUAGGGAUUCUGGGACCUCCAGGCAAAAAAGGAGCCAGGGGUGAUGUAGGACCUGUAGGUCCCAUAGGACCCCAAGGUGAAAAAGGAAUACAAGGAGACAAAGGAGAAAAGGGUAGUCCUGGUUAUGGAAUACCUGGUCAACCAGGACCUAAAGGAGACAGUGGAGAGAGGGGAAAUGUUGGAUUAUCUGGGAAGCCUGGACCAAAGGGUCAAGAUGGAAUAAAAGGAGAAAAGGGAGAGCAAGGUCAGUCAGGAGACCCUGGAGUGUCAGGCCCAAGAGGUAAAGAUGGAGAUCCUGGAGUGAAGGGAGAACAAGGAGUAAAUGGUGAACCAGGUCCUACGGGGGAUCCAGGAGAGAGAGGAACAAGGGGUCCUUUGGGACUUCCUGGAAGACCUGGAGAUGCUGGCAUUAAGGGCGAUGCUGGAAUUUCUGGAGAACCUGGGUCAGAAGGCAAGAAAGGUGAAAAAGGAGAACCUGGACUUCCUGGGCCCCCUGGAACUUCCUCUUUUUCUGUAUCAGAGAACAGCAUUUUUAUGAAAGGAGAAAAGGGUGAACCUGGAAAGAACGGUGCUCCUGGUGUGAAAGGAGAAACAGGUCAUCCAGGUCCAAGGGGACCUGAUGGUAAACCAGGACCUCCAGGAAAUGGACUGGGAGGUGCAGGGCUUCCAGGAAAAAAUGGGGCUGAUGGAAAGGAUGGAUUACCUGGGCCACUGGGACCUUCUGGGCCAAAAGGUGAACCAGGAAGGAAAGGAGAACCAGGAGCUAAAGGAGAACCUGGACCAGUAGGAGUUGCUGGUGUCCCUGGGCUUCCCGGCAAUCCAGGGAAGCCAGGAGUAGAUGGGAAACGUGGAGCUACAGGAAAAGAUGGAGAAAAUGGUUUUUCAGGAAAAGAAGGGGAAAAGGGUCAAAAGGGGGAAAUGGGAUCUCCAGGAAAACAUGGGAAAGAUGGAGCAAAAGGAGAGCAAGGUCUACCAGGUUUACCAGGACCUCCUAUGCUGCUAAACUUCCCCACCAUAGUUACACCAGAAGAGGAUGCACCAGGUCCGCCAUCCCAUGCUUUAAAGACAAUUAGAAUUCCAGGUCCUCCAGGAAACCCAGGGAUGAAGGGAGAAAAGGGAGAAAAAGGUGAAAAGGGUGAUCCUGGUUCUGGAAAAGCAAUUGAAAUGAAGGAUAUAGAAAAAAUGUUUGAAGCCUAUGGUAUUAAGUUAUCUCUUCUCAGAGGCCUGGUUAACAAGCUUCUACAGGAGGGAAUGGAAGAAAUUCUUCAACAGCUCACAAGCUCUAAAAAAGCUAAAUCUGAGAGAAAAAAACAGGUUUACAAGCAGACCACUGAUUAUACUAGUUCUUUGAAAUAUGAAGUGUCUAGUGAGCCUCUGACGGAAAUUGAAGUAAUUGAAGAAGACUUAGAUGCUGAAAUACAGGAAAUGAUUCCUGCUACUGCCCAACCCUUUGUAACUGGAAUCCAGCAUACUGGCACAGAGUGGACUUUAUCCUCUAAUGUUGAUCCUGCUACUGAUAAAUUAUCAGAAAAAGACCUCAUAUUGCAGAGUUUACCAACAGGCACUUUAGAAACUUACACAGGAACUGUGGAGUUGGAAAAUGUUACUGUGACAGAACAUGAAGAGGAUGAUCAUGAAGGGAUUGACGAAGAAUGGGACAAUGAAGGGGUGAAGUUCUCAUCUGAAAUAACUGCAGAAAAAGAUGAUUUGGAAAAGAACCACCACAUUCACUUAGAAGAUGAAAAACCAACGGACUCAUCCCAGCUUGUUGAUUCUACCAAGAAAAGUCCUGGCCACAGAAGAAAAGGUAAAGACAAGGCAAAGGGCAAGGAAAGCACAAGGAGAAAUAAAAGGCAGAAAUCAAUGCUGGAGGAGGGUUUCUCCAAUGAAGAAUCAGAGAUUCUUAUCAGAAUGAAGGAAAUUCCAGAAUCCCAUAACAAUAAGAUAUUUCCAGAAGAAUAUGGGUCAGCUUCUGGGUAUGAUGAUGCGGAAAUCUUAACUCGAGUAAAAAGAAUGGCCACCCUGUCAAAUACAGAGGGUUUUUUACCAGGCACUUCAGGAGGCAGAAGGAAUGAAAAUAAGCAAACGUCAUACCCUGGGACAAGAGAUAAACAGAGACGUAAGAAAAUUAAAAAGGAGAACCGAGAUUAUGAUGUAACGGAACAAAACUACAUCAAAGGACUGCCAGGAGAAAAUGGAAUUCCUGGAGAGAAGGGAGCUCAAGGGGAAAUAGGUGAAAAGGGGCAAAAGGGAGAGCCUGGGAUUGGUUUCAGGGGACCAAUUGGACAAGCAGGACCUCCUGGGAAUAAGGGAGAGCCUGGUGCUCCAGGACCGCCAGGUGCCCAGGGUAUCCAGGGCAUCAGAGGAAAUCCAGGGAUUCCAGGCACAUCUGGUAUGAAAGGACCCCCAGGUCCACCUGGACCUCCAGGAGAAGAGGGAGAGCGUGGCAAAAGAGGGAAGAAUGGGUCAUCUGGAAGUCCUGGUCUGCCAGGUUUAUCGGGAAAGGAGGGGUCGCAAGGUAUACCUGGCACCAAAGGGGAGAAGGGUGAAGCAGGCACCGGUGAACCAGGUGACCGAGGUGUUAUGGGACUUCCAGGACGUCGGGGAGAAAAGGGUCAACCUGGGUCUCGUGGACCACCUGGACCAAUGGGCCUCAAGGGGCUCCCAGGAACAAAAGGCUUGAAGGGAGAUCGAGGGUUGGUAGGAAACAAGGGUGAAAAGGGCAGUGCACUCACCAUCACAGGGCCUCAGGGAUAUAAAGGCAACAAGGGAGAUCCGGGUGAAAGAGGACCUCCUGGGUUUGAUGGAGACAAAGGUGAAAAGGGUGAAGAUGGUCCCUCAGGUGAAAAGGGUCUUAAAGGUGAACCAGGUACCAAGGGUGCAAUGGGACCAUUUGGAGUCAGGGGACCUGCCGGACAAAAGGGUGACCCUGGUGAACCAGGCCUAAAUGGUGAUGUGGGACAGAAGGGGAUAGAUGGAAAAAAUGGAUCUAGAGGUGCCAAAGGAGAGCGGGGCCUGCAGGGCCAGAAAGGCAACUCAGGUGAAAGAGGAGAUACUGGAUUGGCUGGUGAUCCUGGAGAAAAAGGAGAAAAGGGAUUUCGAGGAUUACCUGGCCGCAUGGGAGCUCCUGGACUGGAUGGAAUAAAAGGUGAAAAAGGUUCUCCUGGGGAUCAUGGAAUUCCUGGAGUAGAUGGGCCUCCUGGGAUGAAGGGAAUCAUGGGAGACCCAGGAAAGAAUGGAAUUCCUGGAAUGGAUGGAGAGAAGGGAGAUAAGGGUUCUACUGGUUUUCCUGGCUUUCCUGGUUUUAAAGGGUCUACUGGACUACAUGGACAAGAUUGUGACAUUGGACCACCUGGAUUAAAUGGUCCAAAAGGAGAGCCAGGGCCAAAGGGUGAAAAAGGAAGGCGUGGAAGAGCAAAACCAUGUAAGCGUGGAGAACCUGGUACCCCUGGGGAAAAUGGACAAAAUGGUGAACCUGGUUUAGAGGGGCAGAAAGGAGAAAAAGGAGAUCCGGGAGUGACAGUGGAAGAAGUUAAGGAAAUUAUCAAGAAAGAAUUAAGUUACAAAUGUGGAAAAGACUUUCUCCUGGUCAUAAACACAAAAGACCCUGAUGAUGAAGACAUUACAGAUAUGGAUAAGAAGACAACUGAAAAUGGUAAUCUGGAUCAAGAUGAAGAACUACCAGAUUACAAUGAUGAAAAUGAGGAUGAGACUAAUGACCUACAACCUGUGGACAUCAAUAAUUUCACAUAUUCAGAAAAUGAACAGAUAAUAGAACCACAACAAAGAAGAAAACGAUUUGCUAAGAGCCAAUUUCCAGAAAUCUGCUCUCAGCCAAGAAAUGAUGGAUUCUGUGUUCAUUACACUCUCCUCUGGUAUUAUCAUCAGAAUUCAAAUAAGUGUCGACCAUUUGUAUAUGGUGGCUGUGGUGGAAACAAUAACAAGUUUACCACUAAGAAAAUAUGUGAAGCUACAUGUAAAAAUCAAAACAGAGGUCCUAGACACUUGGAUGCAUGUAAAAUGGACAGUGUUAGAUAUUAA